AGAUGGACAGCACUAAUCUCUCUGUAUUGCUCUUGAUGGCUCUCCUCUUAAGCCUGUCUUGUGCGGAGGAUGAGAUGGCACCUCUAUCCUGCCCAGAGUACCAAGAGGGUUUUGACGGCUCCUGUUAUGAGUUUGUGGCUCUACCGCGUUCCUUCCUCAGUGGACAGGGCUGGUGUGAGCGGGGUGGUGGACACCUGGCCUUCAUUCUAAAUAUUGAUACACAGCAGUUCCUACAGAAGCACCUGCAGCCAGAGCAGGACUGGUGGCUGGGUUUAGCACCUGCCUCCCCGAACCUAACACUGGACUCUGCUGUUGCUGAAGGUCCUCUCUCCUGGCUUGAUGGCUCUGAUGUCAGCUACUCUAACUGGGUGAACGACCCUGAUCCAGGGGCUGGCUGUGGGCACAUACUGAGGAGCUCAGAGUUUCAGUGGGAGGCAACAAGCAACUGUAGCCAGGAGCUGCACUUCAUCUGCCAAUUUGUCCAGAAACACAUCAUCCUUCAGAAGCCCAUCGGGGAGUUUGGCAUCAUUAAGUGCUAUAGCAUGAACCAAUCAACAGAUGGUGCAAACUGCAAGGCCCUGUACGGAAGCCCCCUUCAAAUCCAGGUAGAAGUAGAAGCUGGUACGAAUGUGACCUACAAACUCCACAGUGGGGAGAUGUUGGUGGCCAAUUCAUCAGCAGUCAGAGGAAUCGUCCCCCACAACAUCACAGUGGGACCAGAGGUGGAGCAACAGCUGGGCUCUGGCUGCCACCAGCUGACCCUGCAUGCCUCUAACGGGGUCUCGGUCUUGGGCGUGUCCACUGAGCUGCAGGUGUGUCUGCUGGAGCCUGUGGAGGGCCUGCUGGGAUCAGUGAUGGCUGAGGAGGGCGAGUGUCCAGACUCAGACCUCUAUGUUAGUGUCUACCUAGACCGGGGAGCCCCAGUGCAGCUUCUCUUCCAGGUGUCUGGAGCCAACGACAGCAUCUCUAAGACCAGAGACAUGCAAAACAGAAGCAUGCAGGUUUACAAUAUCUCAACCACUAUCCAAGGAUUUUUGCAAGUGAAAGUCAGGGCCUGGAAUGUCUUCUCACACAUGGAUGUGGAUGUGGGGAACACAACAGUUGUUUGUCACAACAGUUCAGACCUCAGGCAGAAUGGCUAUGCAAACACAGUGCGGCCAGCCAAGUCCGGAACUCCAGUGCAGGAGCUCCAAUCUGCAGUGGCGUACACAGUGGCUAAUCUAGGGCAGCAGGGGAUGCUCUCUGGAGAGACCCUUGGACAGAUGUUCAAAUCUGUGUCGGACAUACUGAAUAAAGGCUCCAGUCAGGAAAAGAAUGACAGGAUGAAGCUGCGAGAACAGAUGCUGAUGAAUUUAACUGAAGCACUGGAGAUCAGCUCCAGCAGCACUCCUCAGAAAGUGCAGCUGACGGCCAGAGCUGUGGCAGGACUCACCAAGAGGGGGGAUGAGCUGAGUCCCGAUGCUCAGCUUGAAGCUAGCUUCCUGGUGGCAAACCUCAGCUCUUCCCUCCUCUCCAUGAACGUCAGUGAGCAUGGUGGAGAAGAAGAGAUGGUGCAGGCAGCUACACCAAUUGUAGAGGCAGCCAGCAAUAUCCUGGAUGUUUCCUCAAAUGUGAGCACUAAGAGAGAAGUCUCUGAUUUACUUCUCAAGGGCAUGGACAAUGUGCAGAGUGCACUGUUGAAUUGGAAGAAGGUUGAUGAAGAUCCUGUGAUUGUCAACAGCUCUCAGAUCACUGUGUUUGUGAACAGAGUGUCAACAGAAACUAUUCAGAUGCAGUCUAUAAGCAACCCAAUAAGCUCCUCUGCAAGCUUUUCCUUCCCUCCCCUGGGUGCUGAUGUCCUUUCUCCAGAUGAACCAGUGGACGUGCGAAUGCUAAGUUUCAAGAAGAACCCAUUUUCAUGGAGCGAGGAGAACAACAUUACCGGCACUGUGGGGUCUGUCUCCCUGACAAGAGGAAAUGGUUCUGUCAUCCCCAUAGAGAACCUAUCUGAGGAGAUUGAGAUCUUCUUGCCAAGGCCUGAAGGAGUGCAAGCAAACAGCACAAUACUGUACUUGGGAAACUACAGCACACUGAUGGUCGACGUCCCUUCACCUGAUGUAACACUGGUGCUGAAGAUAAAGCCAUCGAAGGACAUAACCUUUCAACUGUUCCUGGGGUAUAAAGACUACCCAAACGAUAAACAAUACAUAGCUAAGACUCAGAUGCCUCACCAGAGCAACACGCAAGAGGAGAAAUACACCUGGGUCCUGGGUCCCAAAGAUUUGACAGGAAAAGUUGGGGUGCAUUACCUUGUUGUGAGGCCCAUUGUGGAAGCAGGGGUUAAAUCCGUCAAUGCCACUGUGACUGUCACCUCCAUUGCUGCUCAGUGCACAUAUUGGAAUGAAACCUUAUCCACCUGGAGUGAAGAUGGCUGCAGGGUUGGUCCUUUAACCACGCUAUUGGCCACCCAGUGCUUAUGUACGCACUUGACCUUCUUCGGGAACUCUUUCUUCGUCAUGCCCAACCUCGUAGACGUGUCACGUACGGCUGAGCUCUUUGGCACCUUCGCCCAAAAUCCUGUGGUGGUGUGCUUUAUUGGUUCCAUCUUUGUUGCUUACGUAUUGGUGGUCAUAUGGGCACGCAGGAAGGACAUCCAGGACACAGCCAAGGUGAAGGUGACAUUGUUGGAAGAUAAUGACCCAUUAGCUGAAUACCGUUACAUGCUGAAUAUCAGCACUGGGCAUCGGCGUGGUGCUUCCACCUCCUCUCAGGUUACUGUGACUCUGCUGGGCAUGCAGGGAGAGAGUGAGCCACACCACCUCACUGACCCUGACAAGCCUGUGUUUGAGAGGGGUGCAGUGGAUACGUUCCUGUUGACCACACCCUUCUCUCUGGGGGAGCUGCAGAGCAUCAGGCUGUGGCACGACAACUCAGGGGGGCACCCAGCCUGGUACAUAAACAAAGUUAUGGUGCAAGAUGUAGAGACAGGACAGAAGUGGCACUUCCUGUGUAACUCAUGGCUGACCAUAGAUAUGAGUGAGUGCACUCUGGAUAAAGUUUUCCCUGUAGCCACGGAGAUGGAUUUGAAGAAAUUCAGCAAUAUGUUCUUCAUGAGGACGGCAAAGGAUUUCCGUGAUGGCCACAUUUGGUUUUCUGUGAUCAGCCGGCCUCCAACGAGCACCUUCACAUGUGUCCAGCGAGUCUCCUGCUGUUUCUCUCUGCUGCUGUGCACCAUGCUGACCAGCAUCAUGUUCUGGGGCAUCCCCACCGACCCCUCUGAGCAGACCAUGGACCUGGGUCAUAUCGAGUUCACCUGGCAGCAGCUGAUGAUUGGAGUUCAGAGUUCAAUCAUAAUGUUUCCAAUUAAUCUCCUCAUUGUGAGUAUCUUCAGAAACACCCGCCCCCGAGAGACGAAGCCUGGAAAGCCCAAGGCAGAGGUGUCCAAGCAGGGGAAGACUGGCAGAGUGUCUCCCUCUCAGCCCUCCUCCCCACAGAGGGACAGAGAACUCACACCAGACACAGUCAUCAAGGACAUAAAGAAGAUUGCUCAGUCACUCUCCAAGGCUAUGAAGAGCCCCAUUCCACGCCUGGAGUUAGAGAUGAAGUCUGGACCACAGACUGAUAUCAACACUCUGCUCUCUCUGGUGGAGGACAUCAUCCGGCAGCAGAACAGAGCCAGUGGAGAGUUCUACACUGAUGCCUCCAAGAAAGAGGGAUCGCUCAUUCUCUCACUAGGGGUAACCAAUCUGCAAGAGACCAGCAUGUGUGGGAGCCCUGAGAAGACUGGGGAUGGGAGACAGAAAAGGAGCACCAGCAGCCAGUAUCUGUACAGGCAGCUACACCAUGUAGAGAAGGAGCUGAGCCUACUGGGACCUUCUCGCUUCCCCAACCCAGACAGCUACUGCCAGGCAGUGCAGCAGGUCCAGGGCAUGAAGGGACUGCUAGAGUCUUCCAGCCUGGCAGGGGAUGAGCUGGCUCAAAGUCCGGGCCAAGCUGAGAGUAGUGAUGGGGACAGUGGCAGUAAAAAGUGCUGUCAAGACGGGCUGCCCUGGUGGUUUGUGUUUAUCGGCUGGAUACUGGUGGUAGCCACCAGCGGAGUAUCAGGAUACUUCACCAUGAUGUAUGGGCUGACCUAUGGGAAGGACCGCUCUAUAAGCUGGCUCAUCUCCAUGGUCGUUUCUUUCUUUCAGAGCCUCCUAAUCAUUCAGCCACUGAAAGUGCUAGGUUUUGCAGCCUUCUUUGCUCUCGUUCUGAAGAAAGUUGAUCAGGAGGAGUAUGGGGAUCCAAAAAUUGAGGGGGCACUCAGAAACCCAGAUGACCCUGAUGUAGUCUGGGCUGUCAGGAGGGAUAGCACACGUAGCUACUACCAGCCCCCGCCACCCACAGACGUCGAGAGGAUGAGGAACAACAUGAUCAAGGAGCAGAAGGUUUUUGCCCUCAUCAAAGAGAUUCUCACCUACAUGGGGUUCAUGUGGAUGUUGCUCCUUGUGGCGUAUGGUCAGCGGGACCCUAACGCUUACUUCCUGAUUCAGCACAUUCGGCAGAGCUUCAGCCAAGGGAUCUCAGACAGCAUGAGCCACGGAAAUGUGUUCACCUGGGCAAAUACCUCUCUUCUCAGCAACCUCUUCGGAGAGUACCCAGGUUUCAUCACAGAUGGGAACUCCAAACUGGUUGGUAAUGCCCGUCUUCGCCAGGUGAGGGUGCAGAAGAAUUCCUGCCGAAUCGCCCGCUCCAUGCGCCAGGCUGUACCUGACUGCCAUGCUCCAUACUCAUGGGAGGUGGAGGACAUGGGCUCCUAUGGGCCAGGCUGGAACCGCUCUGCGGGUGAAAACACCUCCAAGACCCUCCGCAGCCCCUGGCAGUACCAAACCCAGGCCCAACUCAGAGCUCAACCCAUCUGGGGCAGUGUGGUUCUCUACAGGGGAGGGGGGUUUGUGGUGGACCUGGGCCCUGACUCACAGAAUGCUAGCAGUACCCUUCAGCAUCUGUUUGACAACACCUGGCUUGAUAUGUUCACCCGAGCAGUCUUUGUAGAGUUCACAGUGUACAAUGCCAAUGUCAACCUCUUCUGCAUUGUCACACUCAUGCUGGAGACCACAGCUGUAGGAGCGUUCCAGUUUCGCAGUGAGCUGCAGAGUGUCCGACUAUACCAGUCCACCGGUGGACUCCACAUCUUUGUCAUGGCCUCUGAGGUCAUCUAUUUCCUCUUUAUCUUCUACUACAUGUAUGUUCAGGGAAAGCUGAUGAAGCUGCAGAAGUGGGCUUACUUCAAGACAAAGUGGAACCUGCUGGAGCUCGCCAUCAUCCUCCUGAGCUGGAGCGCACUGUCUGUCUUCAUUAAGAGGAGCCUGCUAGGGAACCGGGACAUGGAGUACUACCACAACCAUAAAGACCAGUUUGCCAGUUUCCAUGACACAGCCACAGCAGAUGCAGUGCUGGGAUAUCUGAUUGCAUUCCUGGUGCUAUUGGCUACAGUCAAACUGUGGCACCUGAUGAGGUUCAACCCCAAGCUACACAUGAUCACAGCCACACUGCAACGUGCCUGGACUGACAUAUCCGGCUUCAUACUGGUCAUCACCAUUAUGUUCCUGGCCUAUUCUAUGAUUUCUAAUCUAAUGUAUGGCUGGAAGCUGUACUCAUAUAGGACUCUCCUGGAUUCUGCUCUGACCAUGGUCAGCUUGCAACUGGGCAUCUUCAACUAUGACGAGGUUCUUGAUUACAACCCGGUGCUUGGAGCGUUCCUCAUUGGCUCCUGCAUUAUAUUCAUGACCUUUGUGGUUCUGAACCUGUUCAUCUCAGUCAUCCUGGUGGCGUUCACUCAAGAGCAAAUGCAUCACAAGCCCUCAGAGGAGGAGGAGAUAGUGGAUCUGAUGCUGAUGAAGUUCUGCAGCUUGUUCGGGAUCAAAUAUAAGAAAGAAGAAAGUAACAGUCCCAAGGUGAUUGCCAACCAUGCCUCUGUUACUAAGCAAGGACCCUCCACUAUAUCCUCAUAGAUGCUUAGUUCUCAGUAAAGAUCUACUCUGUAUGAAUUGAUAUUGGAACUGCUUUCAUUUAUGUUGCUCAAUAGGAGUAUUAAAACAUGUUAUAUCAAGACUUUUGCACCACUUGUAUGGUUGCUUGUAGCUGUUUAAUGAAAUCAGCAUAUGUACCAUGUAACCAUAUGUACAUAUGUACAUGAAAUAAUAAUUCCUCUAUCUAACAGUUCUGCUUUUUCAAUAUAUUUAGUUCCAAAAUAAAUAAACAAUAUAAAGGGUGUUG